GCAUGUUGCGUCAUCACUCCCGGCGACAAACGAAGAAGAAAUAUGUCUGCCUGUAGAUUACUCCGCUGCUUGUCUUCUAACUUUUCCAGCGCCAUUCCUUCUCUAACACGGCCGCUGCCGCGACUAUGCCCCACACCUUACAUUCAGAGAAGCGUUUCCUCGUCGAACCCGUCCUUAGCAGCGCUUAAAUUCACAGACAAGCACGAGUGGAUCCGGGUGGAGGAUGAUGGCGUCGGCACGGUGGGAAUCAGCAGCUUUGCGCAGGAAGCUCUGGGAGAUGUGGUCUACUGUGGAUUACCGGAGGUGGGGACGCAGCUGGCUCAGCAAGAUGAAUUUGGAGCUCUGGAAAGUGUCAAGGCUGCCAGUGAGCUGUUUUCUCCCCUGACUGGAGAGGUGGUAGAAGUCAACUCACUGCUGGCCGACAAACCGGGCCUGGUCAACAAAUCCUGCUACAAAGAUGCAUCCAUCCAUCCAUCCAUUUUCUACCGCUUAUUCCCUUUCGGGGUCACGGGGGGCGCUGGCGCCUAUCUCAGCUACAAUCGGGCGGAAGGCAUCACCCAUGGUUGGUUAAUGAAGAUGACCAUUGCCAAGCCUUCUGAGCUGGACUCUCUGAUGGACGAGGCAGCAUAUGAGCGAUACGUCCGCUCCAUAGAGGACUAAUUGAAUCCCUCUCCCCAAGUUUUCCUCUUCAGAUAACACUGGCAGGCACUCUCUUUUUACAUCAUCUUGAAACUGCGGUGCCACUUUGCUGCCCUGCCAGUGUUGUACAAAUGUGAGCCUGAGGGAUGCUUUUAAAGGCGCUGUUCAAAAACUUGCUUUAGGUGGCAACCAACGUUGAGUUUUUGCAGCAUCGACCUUCCUCUUCAAAUCAGGUGAGACUGGCACUCGAGUCAAUAUAAUUGUUCCAUCAUAUUUCAGUGGAAACGAGCACAUGUCCUGGGGAAAAGCACUUUGAUUUGUAUGAUAUCAUCCAUGUCUGUUAAUGAUCUUUACAAUAAACACCAUUCAACGUU